ACAAAAGUUUGGAAAUAAUGGCGGAGGGCAGUGGCGCGAAGGUUCGCUGCAAGCAUGAGUAUGGAUUGAAUCUAACCUUAGAGGAAGUUUUCCGCCGGGUAGAUAGCAUCUUUGACGCGCAACCACUCGAAGAAAAGCGACUUUUGGAACUCAAGUCAAGCUUCAAAACGAUAUUCAGCGAGACUUAUCGCUUCAACAGCGAGAUCCCCGAGAUCAGCGACGGCGAGGCGGCAGCGACUCCGGGUGGGGGCAACACCGGGGUCUACCUGGAGGAAAUCGUGGAGAAAAUGCUCCAGGAAGUCGUGCAGAAGCGCAAGACGUAUCCGCCACUGGUGAAGAAGCGCAACCAACAAGUGCUGGCUGAGGACCUGCAACGACGGAUGGAGAGGCUGGAGGUGGCCACGGCGAUUCUUUCCUUGCCACCAAGCUACAAAGACCAGGACAUCUUGGAAAAUGUUUCGGACAAGGACGGUACGAUGAUGACAUGGUGAUACCUUUUUUAGUUUAUGAAGCUUUACUUAAUAAUAAAUUUUGACUAUAAA